AUGAAUAGGAAGGAUAAAUUGAAAUCUUCCUCAUCAAUGAGAAGUAUCAUAUCGAAUUCAUCAUCAAUCACAGGUAUAUCAAAACGUGAGAAAUAUGUUCAGAAUAUGGAAGCACUAUUAAAAAAUCCCGAAUUUGCGCUCAAUGAUGCAUUACAGAAAUUAAAUGCUGAAGAAUGGAAUGGAAAACUUUGUGCUAUCGAAAUGAUCGAUACAUUAACUAAAAUAUCACCAGGUGUACUUGCUGGAAAUAUUCAUCAGGUUGUUAUGAAGCUAUUAAAUGAAUGCAAAAAUUUACGUUCAACAGUUUCACGGGCAGCAAUUUCAACGUUUGGGACACUAUUUGAAAAUUUAAAAACAAUCAUGGAUUCGGAUAUUGAAAAAGUAUGUUUGGUAUUAAUGCAAAAAGCCGGUGAUGUAACAAAUGCAUUUAUACGUGAUGAUGCGACAAUUGCGCUAGAAAAAAUGAUCAAAUAUGUUUCACCUGGACGAUCUUUGAACGCAUUAGUUAUUGCUGGAGCCAA